AUGCCAGGUGCAGAAGGAGAAGCAAGGGGAGCUUCUAAUGGAGCUUCAGAUGGAUAUUCUAAUGGAGCUUCAGAUGGAUAUUCUAAUGGAGCUUCUGAUGGAUUUGAUACAGAUACAUCAGAGGCAGGAGCAAGCUCGGACGGAAGAGAUUAUGGACAAGGAAGAGGGGAUAAUAGAGGAGGAAGAGAAGAUAAUAGAGGAGGAAGAGGAGAUAAUAGAGGAGGAAGAGGAGAUAAUAGAGUAGGAAGAUGGGACAAUAGAGGGGGAAGAGGAGGUAAUAGAGGAAGAAGAGGGGACAAUGGAGGAGGAAGAGGGGACAAUAGAGGAGGAAGAGGGGACAAUAGAGGAGGAAUAGGGGACAAUAGAUGA